AUGACCUGCCCCCAGGGGCUCCCUAGAGGAGAGCUGACAGCCGGCCCCCCUCACCCCACAGCUCUGCCGGCUCUUAAAGCCGUGCCCUCUGUGGUAGCAUCUGUCUGUGACGAGAGUUACUACAGAGGUGCGGCAGGGGCCCUCCUCAUCUACGACAUCACCAGCCGAGAAACCUACAAUGUGCUGACUAAUUGGUUAACAGAUGCCAGAAUGCUAGCGAGUCAGAACAUCGUGAUCAUCCUCUGUGGGAACAAGAAGGACCUGGACGCCGAUCGGGAAGUCACUUUCUUGGAAGCCUCCAGGUUUGCUCAAGAGAAUGAGCUGAUGUUUUUGGAAACAAGUGUCCUCACAGGGGAGAAUGCAGAAGAGGCCUUUGUACAAUGUGCCAGAAAAAUACUUAACAAAAUUGAAUCAGGUGAGCUGGACCCAGAACGAAUGGGCUCAGGUAUCCAGUACGGAGUUGCGGCCUUGAGGCAGCUUUGGUCCCCUCGCCACGCACAGGCCCCGAGCGCUCAGGAGUGUGGCUGUUGA